AAAAUUUUCGCCGAAAACCGACGUCUACAUUUUCUUUGGUUAUAAUUGUAAAAGUGAAUAUUAAUUAUGGAAAUAGUGAAAAUACUUGAGAAAAGCAAGUAACGUUGCAAUUUAGUACAAGUUCUAUUAAUUUGCGUAUCAGAGUUACACAAACAAUCACCGUUUGUUACGCUCUUUACUGUGUGUGACUUGAGUUGCUUGCGUGUAUGUGUGUAUGCGUGAAGCAGUCUGCGGGAGACUUACAAAUAUAAAAUAUAUUUCUUCAUUUUAUGUAAACUUUACAUAAACUAGCGGCAUAUCGAGUUGCUUGAAAUAAUAAUAUUAAUUGGAAUAUAGCGCUGCAAUGAGUGCAACUCCGCCAGAUUUAUUGCAUCUGCCGGUGUCGGCCGGAUCCGUUAAGGAAAAGGAAGCCAACGGUAGCAGCAACAACGAUGAUUAUCGUAGCCGCGGUGCUGAUAAAGAGCGCUCCCGUUCCAGAGAUCGUGGCAGGGACAAGGAUAAGGAUAAAGAAAGAGAAAAGAAACGCAGAGAUCGUGAUCGCGGAAGCAAGGAUCGCGAUAGCCGUCGACGUGACAGUCGUGAGCGGGACAGAGAUCGUGACCGGGAACGCGAUUCCCGAUCGCAUCGCAGCCAUUCGCGCAAUCAUGACGAUUAUGAAAGGCGCAAAAAACGCUCUAAGAGCAGGGAUCGUGAGCGUAGACGCGAACGGGAUCGUGAUUCACGCUCAAGGCGCAGCGGAUCACGUGGUGGAGGUAGUCGUGAUGAUUAUGAUCGCAGUCGACGCCGUCGCUCCAGUAGUCGUGGUUAUGACCGUCGUCGAAAUGAGCGUAGCCAUGAAUCAACUCGUAAUAGCCGGGAACGAAGCAGUCGGGAGCGCAACAGUCGAGAGCGUGCAUAUGUGAAUCCAUUUGACACUUCAGCCAAUCGCAAUUCACUGCACGAGCAGGAGCCGCGUAUUCCCUCUCUUUUUGAGAGACAGCCCCAACUGGAUACCAUACGCGAGGAGAUUAGUUCACGCUUUGAUCUCUCACAAACUAUACAUGAGCUCAUGAGCAAUGUGGGAGGCACCAAGAGUUUUGCCUCACUGUUUAGUAGCCAAAACAGCAACGACUCAAUGAGCAAUGGACUCUCGGAGAAUUCGAUGGACAGCGCAGCUGAGAGAAAGCGCAAGAGGAAAUCACGUUGGGGAGGCACUGAAAAGGACAAGACAUUCAUACCGGGAAUGCCCACAAUUUUGCCAUCGACGCUGGAUCCGGCACAGCAGGAGGCCUACUUAGUUCAAUUUCAAAUCGAGGAGAUCAGCCGAAAGUUGCGCACUGGCGAUUUGGGCAUCACACAAACGCCGGAAGAAAGAUCGCCUUCUCCGGAGCCCAUUUACAGUUCUGAUGGCAAGCGUUUGAACACACGCGAGUUUCGCUAUCGGAAGCGCUUGGAAGAGCAGCGUCAUCAGUUGAUUGUCAAGAUGCAAGCCGUCAAUCCGGAGUUCAAGCCCCCGGCUGAUUACAAGCCGCCUGUGACUCGAGUCAGCGACAAGGUUUUGAUACCGCAAGAGCAGCAUCCGGAUAUUAACUUUGUGGGCUUACUGAUUGGACCACGUGGCAACACACUGAAGGCCAUGGAGAAAGACACUGGCGCAAAGAUCAUUAUUCGCGGCAAAGGCUCUGUCAAGGAGGGUAAAGUUGGGCGCAAGGAUGGGCAACCGUUGCCUGGCGAAGAUGAGCCACUGCAUGCAUUCAUCACAGCACCUAAUCCAGAGGCGGUGCGCAAGGCUGUCGACAAGAUAAAGGAUGUCAUACGUCAGGGCAUCGAGGUGCCCGAGGGACACAACGAUUUGCGUCGCAUGCAGUUGCGUGAGUUGGCUCAGUUGAAUGGCACGUUGCGUGAGAAUGACAUACAACGUUGCACCUGCGGAUCCACGGAUCACAAGUCAUGGCAGUGCCCCGAUAAGCCGAUCGUCACCAAUACCAUUGUGUGCACUUCAUGCGGGGGCACUGGACAUUUGACCAAAGAUUGUCGUAAUAAGCGUCCCGGCUCUGGUGCACCAGGCAUGGCCAUGGAGGAUUCACAGGCCAAGAUCGAUGAAGAGUAUAUGAGCCUAAUGGCGGAACUGGGUGAGGGACCGCCGCCUUCUGCUCCCAAGCCUGAAGCUCCUGCUGCGCCCCAGUUACAUCGCGCCAGCUACAGCAUCUUUGAUAAGAAGCCAUCGCAGAUGCAGGCCAUACAGUCGCCGCCCAGUUCCUCGUCACGGGAUCAUCAGCGCGAGAUGGGCGGUGGAUGGGGUGCUCCACCACCGCAUGAACAUCCAAUGGGCAUGGAUCCUGGCAUGGGCAUGGAUCAUUCAAUGGGCAUGUCGCCAUAUGUCCCUGCACCGCCAGUUGGCCAGGUUCCGCCACCGAUGCCGCCACCGCUUAUGCCUUGGAUGAACGCACCGCAGCCACCACCCCCGGCCUCAGAGCCGAUGAAUCCACCCAUACCGGGUACAUUAGCGCCGCUUAUACCGCCGCCACCUGGUACAGGUGCACCACCAAUGCCACCAUGGGCCACUGGGUAUCCUGGCUGGGGCACCGGCUAUGCGCCGCCUCCUCCACCGCCGUGUGCACCACCACCGCCUACAAUUAGCUUGACACAACCGCCACCACCGCCGCCGCCAUCUAAUUGAUCGUAUAUGCAUAUUUCGCACAUAUUUAACUCUUAGACUUUGACCUUUGAUUUACUAAUCAACUAUAAACUUAACGCCUGAAAUAACUAAUAAUGUACUUUGUAUUUUAUGCUUCAUUAAAGGAUUGACAAAAUAUCUGAUUUAAUCUU